CCUUAGACCCAUCAGUACAUGGAAUUGUGUUAUUUAGCAAUCGUCUAAACAAAUAAAUAAAAUCAAAAAUGUUACGUAUCUGCUUCUUCGUACUGAUGAUGUUGCUGCUUUCGGACGCCCUUGGCUGGACCAUGGAUGAAAUAGUAAACCAUAUAGCCUUUUGCAGUCAACUUCCCGCAUACGGACGCUGCAGUAACCACAUGCGGAUGUGGUACUACAGCCGUCAGCACAGGUCCUGCAGACCCUUUGACUACUCCACCUGCGGCGGCAACACGAAUCGCUUCUUUACGAAGGCCGAGUGCGAGCAACAUUGUUAACUAUUCAAAUUCGAAGGACACUGCCCGAGCCUGACCUUAGCCGAGUUCCACGUCAUUUACAUCUAAGCAAUUGGGUUAUUAUUAUAUUUAAAUGUAAUAUAUGCACUCAUCAUAUACUAUGUAUGCAUAUUGGCGAAUUCACUUCAUUUAAAUCAAAAAAAAAAAAAAAACAAGAGUGCUUUAUGCAAGAUACCUUGCAUAUAGUUCCCCAAAUUAAUUGUUAUUUAAAAUUAAAGUCAGUUAAAACAA